AUGGAAAUAGAAGAAGGAUCAGAGAGGAGAAAGUGGAAAUGGACGAAAACGAGAACAACAUUAAUGGUGGAACUGAAGAAGAUGAGUAGUAUAGCAGGACCAAUGGUGGCGACAAGUGUGCUGCAAUAUCUUCUGCAAGUAGUUUCAGUGAUGAUGGUUGGACAUCUCAGCCAGCUUUCUCUUUCAAGUGUUGCUAUUGCUACAUCCCUCACUAAUGUUUCUGGAUUUAGUAUUCUCUCAGGGAUGGCUGGUGGAAUGGAAACUUUAUGUGGUCAAGCUUUUGGAGCUGAACAAUUUGAAAAAAUGGGAAUAUAUACCUAUACUGCAGUCAUAUCCCUAGCCAUGGUUUGUGCUCCAAUAACCAUUUUAUGGAUUUUCCUUGAUAAAAUCUUGAUUCUCAUAGGCCAAGACACCGCAAUCUCCAUUGAAGCUCGUACAUAUGCUCUUUGGCUGAUACCAGCACUAUUUGGCUCAGCAAUUCUCAAACCCCUAACACGUUUUUUCCAGACACAAAGUAUCAUUUCUCCUAUGAUUAUAAGCUCCUUAAUAGUUUUGUGCUUCCAUGGAGUAACCUCUUGGGUCUUGGUAUUUAAAUUGGCAUUGGGAUCUGUUGGCACGGCAAUAGCCUUCAGCUUAGGAACCUGGUUGAAUGUGGUAAUACUUUUGUGCUUCGUCAAGUAUUCUUCUGCUUGUGAGAGAACACGUGUGCCAUUUUCGAAGAAAGUUUUCGUUGGAUUUAGAGAAUUCUUUGCCCUUGCUGUUCCUUCUGCUGCUAUGGUUUGUCUCAAAUGGUGGGCAUGUGAAGUGUUUGUUUUGCUUGCUGGACUUUUUCCCAAUCCCAAGUUGGAGACAUCAGUUCUCUCUAUAUGUUUGACGAUCUCUACACUGCACUUCACCAUUGCUUAUGGACUUGGGGCUGCUACUAGCACACGAGUUUCAAAUGAAUUAGGAGCAGGAAAUCCAAAAGCAGUUCGUUUUUCUGUUUCUACGGCUACGAUCCUUGCAGUUACAGAAGCUCUUGUUGUCGUCAUAAUCCUGUUUGGCUGCAGAUAUAUCUUGGGUUAUGCCUAUACCCAUGACAGUAUGGUUGUUCAUUAUGUGGCUGUUAUGACCCCUUUUCUAUGUGCAUCAAUAUUUACCGAUAGCUUGCAAGCUGUUAUUUCAGGGGCUGCUAAAGGAAGUGGGUGGCAACUUGUUGGAGCCUAUGUGAAUCUUGGAGCAUUUUAUUUAGUAGGAAUUCCUGUAGGUGCAGUACUAGGCUUCCUUGUACAUUUCAAAGCAAAGGGCCUAUGGAUAGGAAUAGUCUGUGGCUCCAUCGUGCAAACAAUUUGCCUUUCUAUUAUUACUUCUCGUACAGAUUGGAAAAAACAGGCAAAACUGGCAAGGGAGAGAGUAUUAGAUGAUGCACUACUUAGGAUGGAUGUGUAA